GAAUUGCCCAAAUGCGUGUAUAUCAUAUACAAUUAUCAUAAAAUCUUGAAUAGCAACCUUGAACACAACUCCUAAAUCAUCAAGUAAGCGUUUGAGAAUCAUUCAUUCUAGACGACUGAUACCAGCACAAAGUUAUUAAUUAUUAUUAAAACCUACUUGAUUGCGGCUUUUUUCGAUGACAGAAGCGACUAAAUUAAACAUAAUGCAUAGACGUCAUAAAUGUAUGUAGAUAGUAUUUUUCCGAAUUAUUAAAAUGAAUAAAGACUCAUCGAAUACCCAGGGAUUUACACCGUCAUUAUUGGAUUUAUUAAAAUUACUCUCCCUAGAAACUAUUUACGCUAAAUCGAACACUGGCUCGCGAGCAAGCUCUCCCCGGAGAGACCCUACGACCGCAGAUAAAUACGCAGGGGGUGAUGCGUCAUCUCCGAGGAAAUGUGAAUGUAAUGUGCGAGAUGGAUCAAAAUCAACUUCAGGUGACCGCGGUAAAACUGGUGCAGGCGUGACAGGCUCUAGAACUGGUAGAAUAUGCCAUAGCCACAAGGAACCCGAAGCUCUUCCAGCGGGUGCAAAUUAUCCUGGUCUUUUACGUCACAUCCACAAUGCAGCACGAUUUUGCCUUCCUCAAUGUUUCGAAGGAGCUUACGUUUCUGUGAAACAAAAUUCCUCUAAUAAUUGGGUAUUGGGUCACUCCCUGUCUUUUAGUUCCGUAUCGCCAGGUGGAUAUAAAGUAUUACUUUCUUAUAUUGAUAAAGACAAGACGGUUAAAUUGCCUUAUUUUGUAUUGGAGGCUGCCCCAGGCGGUCAGAUGAGUACAGAAGUUAGAGUAGGUCCAUCCCAGGGGACCCGUGCGACAGUGGUGGCACAAAUCGCUGAUGGAGAAUUCUAUAGUUUCGAGAGCAUAUUUGAUACAUUUUUUAAUAGCUCGACGGCUUCGAUUAUAGCUGUUAACCGAGAGUUUAUUGCUCUUCAUUAUUUACAGGCUAUAACGGAGCAGUUGUCAUUAGGCGCUGAAAUAGUCGCAAGAGGUCAUACAGCGGAGAUAACUUCUGCUUCAGGUGCUGGUCGCUGGGCUAUUGACGACCACUCUAUAAGUGCCACAUUAGGAAAUCGGGGUCUUGAUUUGUGUUACGCAAGGACCAUUAAACCAUUUUUGACGGUGGCUGCCCUACUUGAGGUUGGAUUUUCUGUGAAGCGGGCCGUGGCGACUCUGGCAUAUGAAUGGCGUUUAGACGAAUGGAGCGUGCGAGGUUCGAUCGACUCCGACGGCUUGGUUGGUGCUACUUUACAACGCGCACUCGGCGGCAAGAACUCGCAAAUAUCUUGUGCAAUUUCUGCACUCCUUAACCACCCUAACAAUAAAUUUCGGCUAGGUUUCGGUAUCAAUGCUGCUAUUAUUUAAUUUUAUAUAGAUUUAAUGUUUGAAAUACUUAUUUUUACAAUCGAUUUGUCUAUUUUAGAUGUCGUCAUGUUCGUAUGCUAUUUACAAAAUGGUCUGUUAUGGAAUUGAAUAUGG